AUGGUCUCAAGUGCCUUACCAUUGUGCGCGGCACUGCUUUUAGCUGCUUUUUCUGCUGUAUCGAAGGCACAAGUAUCUUAUGCUGUUACUACUUAUACUGCACCAGUUUCUGGUUAUUGGAAUCCGGCUACUAUUGAAGGUGAGGGUCCUAUUGUAACAGUGGACAGAAUAAUUUUUAAUAAUCCGUAUAAUGCAUCUAAUGAUGCUAAGUGUUUGUUGACACCAGAACAAAAGGCGGCUGUUUUGGACCUAAUGAAUAAGUACAGAUCUAUGUUUGUUGACACUCCUAAUUUGACCUGGUCUGAUGCUUUAGCCAAACGGGCUGCGUGGUGGGCUUGCAAAUUUGAUGUAUACAAGGACAUUCCAGAAGACCCUCCAGAUUACGACUACAAUAUUGGUAAAAGCAUGUACGCAGGAGCUGCUGCUAAUCCAGUCGGUGCUGUAGACAUGUGGUUUGAUGAAAUUAAUAGUUAUAAUUACAGCCAUCCUGGCUUUUCCUGGCCAACUGUACAUUUUACACAGCUUGUUUGGAGAUCCACCACAGAGGUUGGUUGUGCUGCAAAUUUAUUUUGGCCCGCUUUUGACGGUUCGCCCAAUCAAUACUUUGUUGUGUGUCAGUACUUACCUGCUGGUAAUAUGUUUGGUCAAUUCCCUGAAAAUGUUAUGCCUCUGAAACCAGCUUAUAAAAGUCUUCAUUGGUCAACAAUUCAUUCGGCAACCGCCCCCAUAAAUUGGACAUCUAUGUCUCUAUAUCAAAAAACACAUACUGUAGCUCCAAUUACUAUAACUCCGACAUCAAAUCCUAACCCUGUUUACACAAUACCUUUUGGAGAUUGGUCAAACUUUUUUCCAUCAACAGCCCAGAUAACUUAUAUAAGUGCCACUGACAGCUCAACCACCACUGCAACAACAACUGCUUCGAAAAACGGUCAUAGUUCUGGUAUCGAUGCUACUGAAAGAUCAACCACUACUUCUAAAAAAUCUGCCUCUAGCAACAGUCAUAAUUCUGCUAUUGAUGCUAUUAACAGAUCAACCAUCACUUCUAAAAAAUCUACCUCGAGUAACAGUCAUAGUUCUGCUAUUGAUACCACUGACAGAUCAAUCAUCACUUCCAAGAAAUCUACUUCAAGUAACAGUCAUAGUUCUACUAUGGAUGCUACUAACAGAUCAACUACCACUUCUAAAAAAUCUACCUCAAUCAGUCAUGGUUCUGCUAUGGAUGCUACUGACAGAUCAAUCACCACUUCUAAGAAAUCUGUCUCAAUCAGUCAUAGUUCUGCUAUAGAUACCACUGACAGAUCAGCUACUACUGCAACAACAUCUACCCCAAGCAACAGUAAUGGAUCUGGUAUUGAUGCUAUUAACAGAUUAACCACUACUUCUAACAAAUCUACUUCAAGCAACAGUCGUGGUUCUGCUAUGGAUGCUACUGAUAGAUCAACCACUACUUCUAACAAAUCUACCCCAAGCAACAGUAAUGGUUCUGCUGUUGAUGCUACUAGCAGAUCAACCAUCACUUCUGAGAAAUCUGCCUCAAACAGUCAUAGUUCUGCUAUGGAUACCACUGACAGAUCAACCAUCACUUCUAAAAACUCUGCCUCAAUCAGUCAUAGUUCUACUAUUGAUGCUACUGACAGAUCAACCUCCACUUCUAAAAAAUCUACCUCAAUCAGUCAUGGUUCUACUAUUGAUGCUACUGACAAAUCAACUACCACUGCAACAACAUCUGCCUCUAGCAACAGUCAUGGUUCUACUAUGGAUGCUACUGACAGAUCCACUGCUACUUCUAACAAAUCCACCUCAAGCAACAGUCGUGGUUCUACUAUGAAUACCACUGACAGAUCAACUACCACUUCUAACAAAUCUACUUCAAGUAACAGUAAUGGUUCUACUAUGGAUGCUACUGACAGAUCAACCAUCACUUCUAGUAAAUCUACCUCUAGCAACAUUCAUGGUUCUAGUGUCGAUGCCACCAACAAGUCAACUGCCACUUCUAAGAAAUCUGCCUCAAACAGUCAUAGUUCUACUAUGGAUGCUACUAACAGAUCAACUGCCACUACUAACAAAUCUACCUCAAGCAACAAUCAUAGUUCUGUUGUUGAUGCUACUGACAGAUCAGCUACUACUGCAACAACAUCUACCCCAAGCAGCAGUCGUGGUUCUGCUAUUGAUGCCACUGACAGAUCAACCACCAUUUCUAACAAAUCUACCUCAAACAGUCAUGGUUCGGCUAUGAAUACCACUGACAGAUCAAUCAUCACCUCUAAUAAAUCUACCUUGAGCAACAAUCAUAGUUCUGUUGUUGAUGUUACUGACAGAUCAACCACCACUGCAACAACAUCUACUGAAUAUACUAAAUAUGCAUUGACUCCAGAAGAACAGGCUGCUGUUGUUCUCGCACACGAUAAGUUGAGAGCUUUGCAUGUCGAUACUGGUAAUUUGACCUGGUCUAAUACUUUAGCUGUAUAUGCUGAGAAGUAUGCUGCCGUUUAUGAUUGUUCAUCUGGUAGACUUGUGCACUCUCAUGGUCCAUACGGUGAAAACCUUGCCCUGGGAUUUCCUAAUGCAGUCGCUGCUGUGUACGCCUGGUAUAAUGAAAUUGCCCAUUAUAAUUACAGCCAUCCUGGCUUUUCCAUGGCAACUGGACAUUUUACACAGGUUGUUUGGAGAUCCACCAAGGAGGUUGGUUGUGCUGUAAAAUAUUGUGGCCCCUAUUAUCGUGAUUAUGUUGUUUGUGAGUACGCACCUCCUGGUAAUUAUGAAGGUGAAUUCCCUGAAAAUGUCAUGCCUUUGAAAGCAUCUGUUUCAAGUAGUACUUCCAGGAAACCUAAGUCAUCCUCUACCCCUUCUGCUACUUCGAAGAAAUCUACCUCAAUCAGUCAUAGUUCUGCUAUGGAUGUCACUGACAGAUCAACUACCACUUUUAACAAAUCUACUUCAAGCAACAGUCAUGGUUCUGUUGUUGAUGCUACUAACAGAUCAACCUUCACUUCUAAGAAAUCUACUUCAAACAUUCAUGGUUCUACUAUGGAUGCUACUGACAGAUCAACCACCACUUCUAACAAAUCUACCUCAAUCAGUCAUGGUUCUGUUAUUGAUGCUACUGACAGAUCAAUCAUCACUUCCAAGAAAUCUACCUCUAGCAACAGUUGUGGUUCUGCUAUGGAUGCUACUCACAGAUCAACCAUCACUUCUAAGAAAUCUACUUCAAGCAACAAUCGUAGUUCUAGUAUCAAUGUUACUCACAGAUCAACCUCCACUUCUGAAAAAGCUGCCUCUAGCAAUAGUCAUGGUUCUACUAUGGAUGCUACUAACAGAUCAACCAUCACUUCUGAAAAAUCUACUCCAAGCAACAGUCAUGGUUCUACUAUGGAUGCUACUGAUAGAUCAACCAUCACUUCUAAGAAAUCUACUUCAAACAGUAAUGGUUCUGCUAUGGAUGCUACUGACAGAUCAACUACCACUUCUAACAAAUUUACCUCAAACAACAGUCAUGGUUCUAGUAUAGAUGCCACUGACAGAUCAACCAUCACUUCUAAGAAAUCUACUUCAAACAGUAAUGGUUCUGCUAUAGAUGCUACGGACAGAUCAACCACUACUUCUAAAAAAUCUGCCUCUAGCAACAGUCAUAAUUCUGCUAUUGAUGCUAUUAACAGAUCAACCAUCACUUCUAAAAAAUCUACCUCGAGUAACAGUCAUAGUUCUACUAUGAAUACUACUGACAGAUCCACUGCUACUUCUGACAAAUCUAUCUCAAUCAGUCAUGGUUCUACUAUUGAUGCUAUUCACAGAUCAAUCACCACUUCUAAGAAAUCUGCCUCAAACAGUCAUGGUUCUACUAUGGAUGCUACUGAUAGAUCAACCACCACUGUAACAACAUCUACCUCUAGCAACAGUAAUGGUUCUACUAUUGAUGCUACUGACAGAUCAACCUCCACUUCUGAAAAAUCUACUCCAAGUAACAGUCAUGGUUCUGCUAUGAAUACUACUGACAGAUCAACUACCACUGCAACAACAUCUACCUCGAGCAACAGUCGUGGUUCUGCUAUUGAUGCUACUUACAGAUCAAUCAUCACUUCUAAAAAAUCUACCUCAAGCAACAGUCGUGGUUCUGCUAUUGAUGCUACUCACAGAUCAACCAUCAUUUCUAAGAAAUCUACUUCAAACAGUCAUGGUUCUGCUAUAGAUGCCACUGACAGAUCAGCUACUACUGCAACAACAUCUACCCCAAGCAACAGUAAUGGUUCUGCUAUGAAUACUACUGACAGAUCAACCACCAUUUCUAAAAAAUCUACCUCAAUCAGUCAUGGUUCUGCUAUAGAUGCCACUGACAGAUCAGCUACUACUGCAACAACAUCUACCCCAAGCAACAGUAAUGGUUCUGCUAUUGGUGCCAGUAGUAAGACACAUGCUGCUGGUGAAGCUGCAUCUGCUAAAACAAAUGUUGCUCACUCCGUCACAACCGCUACUGUUGAGAGCACACACACGGUAGAUGUCACUGAAUGUCCAAUUUGCUCACUAUCCACCGCUACCACUUCAUUUUCUUCCCAAAACAGUCAAACUGUCCUACAUGGUGAACCAGUGUUGAGAGUUAGUACAGUUUAUACUACAGACGGUGUUGUUAUCACUACAUACACUCCUUCAUGUCCAGAAAGUGCUAAGACAGGUUCUGUUUCAGCUUCUGCUGCUACUGCUACUGCACCUUCAGACGUAAGCAUGGAAUCUGCCCAUUCCAAUGUUGUUCCAUCUGUAGGUGUUGCUACUUCUUCUUCUAAUUCUGCGGAAAGUGUUACAGUUGCAAAAUAUGAAGGUUUGGCAGCUAGUUUGACCUCAGAUGUUCUAUUCAGCGCUAUUUUAAUGGCUCUUAUUCAUUUGAUCUAA